ACUUGACGUGUGAUGAUCUCUGCCAACUGGACGGUGUAGUAGUGAGGUGUUGCUACAGUGCUCAAGGGGAGUGGUGCCUUCAGUAUUUAAAGUGCAGAUGUUUUGUGGAAUGCAAGUGUCACAGGAUGAAGUGUCAGUGGCGCUCAUUUGGGUACAAAUCAAAGGUAGUGGUGCUGUGCUCAAUUGCAAACUUCAUCAAUGCUGCAGACAGAGUUCUAAUGCCACUUGCCAUUGUUCCCAUGGCAAGUGAAUAUAAGUGGAACUUAUAUUGGCAAGGUUGGAUCUUAUCUGGAUUUGCUUUCGGUUAUUUUACGAGCCAGAUUAUUGGAGCGAUUGCAGUCAACAGUUAUGGUGGACGAAGAGUUCUGUGUUUUGCUGUGUUGCUGUGGUCUCUCUCUACUGCAGCCACACCAUUAGCUGCUCCUUAUCUCCCAGCUCUCAUCACUGCGAGAGUUAUUUUAGGACUUGGAGAAGGACUUGGUUUACCAACAAUCUUUCAACUAUUUGCUCAACACAUCCCAGCUGAAGAACGUAGCCGAGCCUUUGGUUAUAUGGUUGCUGCUGGCUCUGUGGGCCAGACUGUUGCAUCUCUGUUUGUCCCUCACUUGGACUGGCGUGUAAGUUUUGAAUUAUUUGGAUUUGUGGGUCUAGUGUGGGUGGUGUGUUGGCUGCUGACCUACCAUGACCCACCCAUUCUCUCAGAUGAAGAGGGACAGCAACUUAUUGAAAAGAAAGAAGUAGCUGGACAACAAAUAGAGAUAAGGGCACUGAUAAAGGAGGCAACGUGUGUAAGCUGGGUAGAAUGGAUAAGCCACUGGUCAUUGUGGUCUAUAUACAUUGCACACUUUGCCAUGAACUGGAGCAACUACAUCAUUAUGCAGUGGCUGCCAACUUAUUUAUCACGAACACUUGGAGCAAAUAAGGAAAGCAUGAGUCUCACUGCAGUGCCUUAUAUUAUCAACUCUCUGUGUGGUGUUGCAUGGGGUCAUAUUGCCGAUCAGCUGAUAUCAGUUGGGUGGCCGGUGUUAAGGGUGCGCCGCUUAAUGACUUUCUUUGGUCUUAUGGGUCCUGGAAUUUGUCUCGCCCUGUUCCCAGAAGUCUCCAAUCUGGUUGUUGCAGUCUUGGUAAUAUCCAUGGCUAUGGGUUUAUGUGCAGCCAAUUCAUCAGGACACUUAAGUAAUCAUGCAGAUGUUGCCCCUAACCAUGCUGGAAUUACAUUUGCUAUAUCUAAUACAAUUGCAACAAUACCAGGGAUCUUGUGUGGACCAUUGACAGCAGAACUGGUUGUAGCAUCACAUGGACGGUGGUUUCCAGUCUUCUUUCUGGCUGGGACCAUCAAUUUUACUGCAUCAAUGAUAUACCACACUCAGAGUUCUGCAAAACCUGUUCUAUGACAUAAGGAAUUAGUUACAUAGUAGAGAAUGUAUAUAAAAACUUCUAGUAAAUUUCUGGUUUACCUGUUUCUUUUGUUCAAUAUAUGAUCUGUACAGUAUAACAAAAGCUAAUUGACUCGGCUUAUUCGAACUUAUUCAGUCGGGUCUUAGGAUAGUCUUUGAAGUAGUAUGAGGUACACAGUGGAUAUGUGACAAAGUAGGUUAAGAUGUGAAGAAUUAUCUCUAGAUGUUUUCUUCUCACUUCAAUUAUUCUGUUUGUCACUCACUCACACACACAUGUACACACACACAGAGACUGUAUACAGGUAUUAAUCUCAUCAUUACCUGGUAAUGAAUUACUGGAAAAUGCUGCAUUAAGGGAUCAGCUUAACAACAAUCAGUGCAUUCAAUGGAAAAAUGGGGGGUUAGGUUCCAUCCACAUUGAAGUUUUCUAACUUCCUUGCCCCUGAAAGAAAAAUAAGUUUUAGUGACUACCCAGAUUCUCUUCAAUACUGUACAGUACUGUACGAAGAUCAAAGUUCAUACUUUCUUUUACACUAGUUUGUACAGUAUUUUCAAAUCUUUGUACAGUAUUUAAGUUAUAGUAAUUUGUAUCUUUAAUGUAGUACUGUAUUUUCUGUCUUAUAGUAUACAGCAGUGUAUUGAUAGAGAGACGACCGGUGGCGAAGAAGAUAAAGUACACUAAAGUGUGUAUAAAAAUGUCUGAAAAUAGACCCAGUUAAGUGAACAAGCACAGGACUGGACUACACAUUAACCCUUUGAGAAAGACUGAUAAGUACUUGGUCUCUUUUUCAUUUUAUACACUAUAGGUGUUACUUAAAGGAGUCCCCACUUUCAGAAUGCCACACAAGGUGUGAAAAUGUAAAUACAGUAUUAUCAUUAUUUUUUGGUGUAAUGGCAGCCACCAUAUGUUGCCAUAUAGUACAUCUGAUAUUUUUCCUCUCUCGUUUAGUAGCACUUAAGAUAUCAGAGCAGAAGGUAAUGCUCUAGGUACUUCAACCUAAUGAUGGGUACACAUCAUUAGUACCAGUUCAUCUAAAAUAGAUACUGUAUUUAUACAUGUAUAUGUUUUGAUAUGUGAUAACACAUACACUACUUUAUUGUAUUGGUGUACUGUAGUAGAAAUAAGAAAAACUGGAAAAUAAAAAAAUGCAAUACAGGUAUACAGUACUGUACUUACAUAUCUCUUAUUUGAUUAUUUUGAGGUUACAAUAGUAAAUGAAUGAAGCUUUUUUAUGUUUAUGAGAUAUCAUUCCUUCAAUAUUUUUAAAAUGACAUUACCAUACCCCUGUAUUUUAAUUUGGUAUGGGUGGAAAUAUAUAAUCAGCCAUUAUUGAAUAUCUAAAGGCAAUGAACAUAAUAUAUUCCAAGAAGUUUGACCAGCUACAGUGAGCUGUAAUGAAAUUUUCUUCAAGCUAAUAGAAAUUUUUCAAAUCCACCUACAGAACUCUCUGGCAGUAUCUUGCAUUUUUCAAAUGAUUUACCAUAUUUAGAGAUGUCAUGAAAGUGACCAGCAAGUGAAACAAGCAGUAGCAGUACCUCUAGUGGUAAGAGACCUUGCAGAGUCCGCACUUUAAAUGAUUAGGUGCACUGAGGCUGACAAAAAGAUGACCGCCAUUGGUUGAGUGUUAGGACUGCUUGAAUUAACUGCGGUAACUAUUAAGCAAAUUUAAAUUUUGUUUUUCAUUAAAUUGCUGCUGCUUUGAA